AUGGGUAAAAGACGAUACAAUGCAAAGGCUCGCCAAGUGGUUAAAACUGAUAUUGACGACUCAAAAACGAAUGAGAUAAAAUUAGAAUUUGAAUCAAGUGAAUAUGGAACCAGUGAUACUGCAAAUGCAUUGGCCUUGCCUUCACGAAAAAGAGAGACAAAGAUUAUUACAGACAAAAAAGAAAAAACUAGAUUUCUAUCGAAGGCUCAAAGGAAACGGCUAGAAAAGAUAGUUGAUAAGAAGAAAAAGAAAGAAAAUAGAGCUGCACUUUUGGAAUCUCUGUCACAAGUACAAGCAACUCCUGAGGAAGUGAAACAAUUGACUACAAUAUCAUCUGUUCAGACGCUCGGAUUGAGAAAGUUGAUGGAAUUUAGUUUAGAAACAACUCAGAAUGCUACCGAUGUUAGUGAACAAAAGAAAUUUAGUAGUAUUGCAGGUGCAAAGAAAAGAUUACGACUUUUAAAAAUGGAUAGAUCCGAUGACACUAAAAAGAAGAAAUAUGACCCUAAUGUUGUCGGUCUCGAGGAAUCUUCUGAUGAAUCAAGUACGGACACCGAUGAUAGCGAAGACAAAGAUACAUGUGAGGUAAUUGAAACAACGGAUAAAAUAAUAAAUGUUGAAAAAGAAUCUACAAUAUCAGCCGAUAUUACCAUUAGUAAUGAAAAUACUAAGGCGAUUGAAAUUAAAGAAAGUGAACCUGUACAAGUAGAAGUGGAAGUUAAAAAGCCUAUUCUAGAACAUCCGACAAUAAAUGUUCAAGUGAAAAGAGACCCUAAAAUUCAAGUGGCUAGAUUGAAAUUACCAAUAUUAGGUGAAGAACAAAGAGUUAUGGAGUUGAUAAAUGAAAACGAGUUUGUCAUUGUCGCUGGUGAAACUGGUAGCGGUAAAACCACUCAGAUACCUCAGUUUCUCUAUGAAGCUGGUUAUACAGAAAAUAAAAUGAUAGCUGUCACCGAACCUCGAAGAGUGGCAACUGUAGCUAUGUCAGCCCGAGUCGGGUAUGAACUGGGAUUGAGUAGCAAAGAGGUUUCAUAUCUAAUGAGAUUUGAAGGAAAUGUUACUAAAGACACUAAGAUUAAAUUUAUGACUGAUGGUGUUCUCUUAAAAGAGAUCCAAUCAGAUUUUCUUCUAAGCAAGUAUUCAGUUGUUAUUAUAGAUGAAGCCCAUGAAAGGAGUAUGUACACAGAUAUACUUCUUGGUCUGUUAUCUAGAAUUGUACCAUUGAGACGUAAAAGGGGAUGUCCGUUAAGACUUAUUAUUAUGUCAGCUACACUCCGAGUUGAGGAUUUUACAGAAAAUACAAGACUUUUCAAAGUUCCACCUCCUGUUAUAGAGAUACAAUCUAGGCAGUUCCCUGUGACAGUACAUUUCAAUAAGCACACAUACACUGAUUAUUUGAAGGAGGCUUUCAAGAAAACAGUCAAAAUACACACAAGACUACCAGAAGGUGGAAUUUUGAUAUUUGUGACCGGCCAGCAAGAGGUAAACUAUCUAGUGAAGAAACUAAGAGCGUCGUUUCCAUAUCGCAAAGGUGUUGAUUAUUCUUCACUAAUAAAUAAAAAGGUGAAUGUAGUUGACACUGCUUUGGACUCAGAACCAGAUGAUAUUGAAUCGGAUGAUGAUGAGGUGGAAAAGGAAAUGAAGCGGAUACGCAAAGCCAGGAAAAAAGCGAAGCGGAAAACUAUAAAGUUACCAAAAAUUAGUUUGGAUGAUUUUGACAUGCCAGAGGACGAUGGCCAGCCAGAUUUAGUGAGUGACGGUGAUAGCGAGGGUCAUUUGAGCGAUUCGGAUGCCGAAGAAUCAACUCUGACGCCUAUCAUAAAAUCCAAUCAACAGCCGCUAUGGGUGUUGCCGCUGUAUUCUAUGUUGAGUACAACGAAACAGGGUCGGGUGUUUGAACCCCCGCCCGCUGGUACAAGACUCUGUGUAGUUAGUACAGACGUGGCGGAAACAUCGCUGACUAUACCGAGUAUAAAAUACGUAGUUGAUACCGGCAAGAAGAAAAUGCGUAUAUACGAUCACGUGACCGGCGCAAGCGCAUGGCGUAUAGUAUGGACGUCUCAAGCUAGUGCGGAGCAAAGGUCGGGUCGAGCGGGAAGAACAGGUCCUGGGCAUGCGUAUAGGUUGUAUAGCAGUGCUGUUUACCAACACGAAUGUGUACCGCAUUACAAACCCGAUCUCUGUACGAGACCCGUAGACCAUUUAAUGUUGACCCUUAAAUGUAUGGGCAUCGAUAAGGUGGUGAAUUUUCCGUAUCCCACCGCGCCAGACAGAAUGCAGUUGCGUUUAGCUGAGAAACGACUAGAAGUUUUGGGAAUAUUGGAGAAGGUUGAAAUGAGGAAUAGGAGAAAAGAUGACGAAGAGGUGUUAAAAGUAACUCCGCUUGGGAAGGCCGUGUCGGCGUUUCCGUUGCUUCCUCGCUACGGCAAGAUGUUGGCUCUUAGUCAUCAAUAUAAUUUAUUACCGUACGCGAUAACUAUCGUCUCUGCUUUAACUGUGCCAGAGGUAAUGUCGGGUAAAACUGAUAGUUGGCCCGCUACUGGGAAUAUGUUAUUACUCGGAGACCCCGGCGUACUACUGAGAGCGGUUGGAGCUUGCGAUCAUAGUACGGAGACUUUGUCAGUGUUCUGUGCCAAGUAUGGACUAAGAGAGAAGGCUAUAAUAGAAAUUAGGAAGCUUCGGAAACAGUUGGCAUCUGAGAUAAAUCUGAGUGUGUCCGGUGUUAAUCUGGUUGUGGAUCCAAAUCUUCAGCCUCCUGAUGAUAGACAGGCGAAACUGUUGAGACAGUUGCUGCUUAGCGGUCUGGGAGACCAAGUCGCUAGGAAGAUUAGUAUGGCAGAAGUUAAAGAAGGUGAAGACAAACGCAAAUACAAAUAUGCCUAUCGCAGUUCUGAUCUGGACGAGCCUGUUUUUCUUCACUCGGAGUCAAUACUACGUAAAGUGAUACCCGAAUGGGUGAUAUACCAGGAAAUGUAUGAAACCGGAGCCGAAGAUAGGAAGAAGAUGGUCAUGAGGAACAUUACAGCCAUAGAACCCGAAUGGUUACCAGUAUAUGUACCGUUUCUAUGUAACUUAGGUGAACCGCUAUCGGAGCCCGAGCCGCGAUACGACGAAAGAUCAGGGAGGGUCAAAUGUCACUUCAAAGGGACAUUCGGUAAAAGUUGUUGGGAACUCCCCACCGUUGAGAUCGAUUAUCCUGAGAAAAUUGACAAAUACAGAUGGUUCGCAAGAUUUCUAUUGGAAGGUUCAGUGUUUGUGAAGCUCAAGAAAUACGCGGCGUCGCUACUGUCGCCUCCAUCCACUAUGAUAAAGAGUUGGGCGAAAUUACAACCAAGGACGGAAAUACUAUUGAAGGCUCUGAUAGAAAAGAAAAUAGGCUCCAAAGAUAAAUUGGAGGAAAUUUGGAAGGAAAAACCCACUUAUUUGCAGGACGAAUAUCUAAAAUGGGUCCCGGAGUCGGCUCACAACGAAGUUAUAUUGUAUUGGCCCCCGUUAUAG